AUGGACACGAGGAGCAGUACCAACAUCGAACCGCCUCCGUCGUCCGUCAAGACAAGCUUCCUCAAGACUUGCUUCAAUGGAAUCAACGCACUGUCAGGGAUCGGGCUGCUGUCGAUUCCCUACGCACUUGCCCAGGGCGGCUGGCUAAGUCUGAUCGUCUUCCUCACCAUCGCCGUCAUCUGCUUCUACACGGGGCUUCUCCUGCAGAGGUGCAUGGACUCCAGCUCGCUCGUCCACACCUACCCGGACAUCGGAGCCCACGCCUUCGGCCGGAAAGGCCGCUUCAUCGUCGCCGCCUUCAUGUACGUCGAGCUCUACCUCGUCGCCAUCGACUUCCUCAUCUUGGAAGGGGACAACCUGCACAAGCUGUUUCCGGCGGUGAGCUUCCGGCUGGGCACGCUCCACAUCGGAGGCCAGCAGGCGUUCGUGCUGGCCGCCACGCUGGCCGUGCUGCCGACCACGUGGUUCCGCAACCUCAACUUGCUGGCGUACGUCGCCGCCGGCGGUGCACUCGCGUCAGUCAUCCUCAUUGCCGCUGUCCUGUGGGUCGGGGUGUUGGACGGCGUCGGGUUCCACGAGAGGGGCAGGCUGGUGCACUGGGCCGGCUUGCCUAGCACCAUGAGCUUGUACUCGUUUUGCUUCAGUGGACAUGCUGUGUUUCCGAUGCUAUACACGGGGAUGAAAGACAGGAAAAGACUCCCCAUGUCUAUAUACAAAUGUCCCAACCCAACGCCUAUCUUUUUCAUUACGUACGCAGGCUACGGAUUCAUGGGCGUCAUUGGGUACCUGAUGUACGGCGACUCUCUGAUGUCGCAGAUAACCCUCAACCUGCCGUCUUCUAGCGUGGCCGCCAAGGUGGCGAUAUACUCGACACUGGUGAACCCACUGACCAAGUACGCUUUGAUGUUGGCCCCCGUCGCCGAGGCCACCGAGAGCGCGCUCGGCGUCAGCAAUAGCGCGGUGCUUGGUGCUCUCGUCAGGACGGGGCUCGUCGUUGGAACCACCGUCGUAGCACAGGCUGUUCCCUUCUUCGCCGACGUUGUGGGCCUAACAGGCGCGCUCUUUGGCUGCACGACGACGAUGCUGCUGCCGUGCCUGUGCUACCUCAGUGUCCGCUCCAAGAUCGGGGGCGUCAUCAAGACGGGGCUGGAGACGGCAGCUUGCCUGGCCAUCCUUGCGGUUGGCGCCGUGAUUGUUGGCUUCGGAACUUACAGCUCUGUGAAGCAGAUACAUCAGAGGUUGCGGUGA